AUGACGCUUAAUUGCUAUCAUGCAUUUCCACAUCAAUUAUUGGGUACGUUUGAAUUGCAUCCUUUUGCCUUAGCUAAAAAUAACGAUUUGAUGGAAGUGUACCUAGUGUACUUAGUACAAAUAGAACGAUAUACAAAUGCCACUAUUGAAAUAACAAAUAUUUUGGAUUACUUUUGGCAUGGUUACACCACAGAUGUUAGUCUUUUGUACGAAGUUGCAAAACAUCAAAUGGUACUCUAUACAUACUAUCCUUUCUUUGAUGAACAGCAUUGCAAACAAAUUGUGGUGAAAAAUAUAAAUAGUUUCAAUGUAACUUGGAAGCAUUCACUGGCAACAAAUUCUUAUCCAGCAAAACUACAUAACUUAAAUAAUUGCUCACUUGUUGUAGCCAUUUGGGAUACUCCUCCAUACCUAACAUAUCGUCCACAAAAAAAUGGUUUUGAUAGAGUGACUGAUUUUGAAGGCAUUCUACUAAUUGAGUUUGCCAAAAAAUUAAAUUUUUCACUGGAUUAUAUUGUGCCACCAAAUGAUGAACAGCGUGGUAAACGUUUUUCCAAUGGUUCAACAAAUGGAGCUAUAAAAUUGUUAAAGGAAAGAAAAGCCGAUAUGAGUUUGGGUUCAUUUCGCUAUACUUUGGAACGCUGUGAAGAACUCACUGGGGCUUUACCAUAUUAUCAAUCUUGGACAGUUUAUGCAGUUCUUUUGAUGCAACCCUAUUCUUCUUUAGAAAUACUUGGGUUCGCUUUUGAUACUAAAACUUGGUUAUGUUUAUUCAUCAGCUUAUGUUUUACACUAAUCUUAACUUACAUACUCCAUCGUUAUAUAAAAAAAUCAUGGUUAGCGAGGAUAAUACUAGGCAUACCGCAACCACAAACACCUUUAACAAAUUUAGUAAGUGUUUUUUUAGGUGUACCGAUUACACCUAUGCCAAGCAGCACAUAUACAAGGUUUGUUAUCAUCCAUUGGUUCAUAUAUGGUUUACUAAUACGCACAGCAUAUCAGAGUUUACUGUUUCAACUGUUGCAAACUGAUAUGUAUCAAGAACCACCAAAAACAUUAUCAGAUUUAAUAUCAAGGCAUUAUACAUUGAUUAUAACUACAACAGCUUUUGAUCAAGUGAAAAGAGUUCCCCACAUAGAUGAAACAGACAUUAUAUUUAACAAUAGCACAUUUGAACCGGACACAUUUGCCAUUGUGGCCGAAAACAACAACAAGCGCUUAGCAGGCGUCUCUCCAAUGGACUUUUUAAAGUUUUAUGUUGUCAAAAACAAUAAACGUGGCAUUUUCUUUUGCUAUCCAUUAAACAAAUCUGUUAAUGUGCAACAAUCAAGCUGGACUUUAUUGGACUUCGAAGUUCAAGACUUAGGCUUAAACUUCAAAACAGUUUACAUAUAA